CUUCAUCCACCAUUACAUUCACACAUGUCGUCCACACCCAAACACUCCGGCACCGUCACCGGCACCGGCACCGGCACCGGCACCGGCAACGGCAAACCUCCUGUCGAGAAGUCCAAGUUUGCUCAGACUUGUAACAGAUUGAGUCUAUUCUUGAAGGAAAAAGGAAAUCUCCGAGAUCUAAGUCUCGGAAUCAAUGCCAAAUUUGAUGCUCCAGGGACAUCGGAAAUUUCUCCGGUGAUAACUCCGGCGGAGACUAUGACUGUUGAUUUAUUGAGUCACAUCGAGUAUCCUGGUCAAAAGGCCUCAUCACAAGCGGAGAAAUCGGUGAAUGUUCUUCUUCCUCAGUAUGUUAACCUAGAUUCCUCUAAACUACUAGAAACUUCUACGAACAAAGCUAGUUCCAGUAAAUCAGUUACGGAGCCUAAAACCGCACAGAUGACGAUUUUUUACGGAGGACAAGUACUGGUUUUAGAUGAUGUUCCGGCGGAUAGAGCGAGAGAUCUGAUGUUAGCGGCUCAGAACGGUGCUCCUGAUCGCAAAAACGAGAAACGAGUUGAAUUGGCCUCAACUUCGGAAUCUCCGGCUGAUGUUCCCGGCUCACAAGAACCGAUUCAUGCAGAGCUACAAACGAAGGGUUCAGAUUUGCCGAUUGCGAGAAGAGCAUCACUGCACAAGUUUCUGGCGAAGAGAAAAGACAGAGCCGCCGUGAGAGCGCCGUAUCAAGUGCACAAUCUGUCGCCGGGUGGUUCAUCCUCCGGCAACGAGCAUAGUUUUGACCUCAACCUAUAAACCAUUAGCCACCGGUAAUUUUCCGAAGCUUGAAUUCCUAGUGUGAAAGAGAGUUUGACUUCAUACCAUGUUGUAUUUGGACUAAAAAUGUAACAUAUCCAUUUAUUGAGGACUUCGAUGUAAAUUCAAUAUAUUAGUUUCUAGUGCGAGUAUUUUUGUUUUCCUUA